AUGAAGCAUCCUGUAAUUUUAGAUGGAAGAAAUAAAGUUGCAAAAUUAAUCGUUAAACAUUAUCAUGUGCUGACAGGCCACGGUAGUCAAGAGAUGGUAGUAAACAACCUGAAACAAAAUUAUUGGAUUAUACGAUUAAGACCUACUGUUAAGGAAAUAACUACUAAAUGUAUGCUAUGUAAAUUAAGAAAGGUGAAACCUCACGUGCCGUUAAUGGGUGAUUUACCUACCGCCAGAGUCGCUCAUCACCAGAGACCCUUUACACAUUGUGGUGUUGAUUUGUUUGGUCCCAUGGAGGUUACGGUCGGAAGACGAAGGGAGAAACGCUAUGGAGUUCUUUUUACGUGUCUCACUGUUCAAGCAAUUCUUGCGGAGACUGUUUCGACCCUCAGUACAGAUUCUCUGAUUAUGGGUCUUCGCAGGAUGGCAUCAAGACGUGGAUGGCCUGCACACUUGUACUCAGACAAUGGGACGAACUUAAGAGGAGCAGACGCAGAGCUGAAGAAGUUCACCUCGGAGCUUGAUGAGCAAUCCAUGCAGACUGCUGUGAGUAUCCAUGGCACCCGCUGGACCUUUAUACCACCAGCUAGUCCUCACUGGGGUGGGGCUUGGGAACGCUUAAUUCGCAGCGUUAAAGUCACGCUUAGAGUAGUCCUUAAGGAAAGAGCACCUAGAGAAGAGUUACUUACCACGCUGCUGGCUGAAGUGGAGGCUAUCGUGAACGGACGUCCGUUGAGUCACGUGUCGGUCGACGUCAACAGCGAAGAGUCGUUGACACCUAACCACUUCCUGCUGGGCUCAUCUUCUGUCAUACCGCAGUUGGGCAACUUCGAUGAUUCUGACCUGUUCUUGCGUCGACAAUGGCGUAUAGCACAGAGGUUAGCCGACAUGUUUUGGAGGAGGUGGGUUACCGAAGUGCUACCAGAAAUGAUACCACGCCAAAAGUGGACCCAAGAUAGUGAGAGACCUCUUCAGGUUGGUGACUUAGUGUUCAUCGCUGACCCUAAUGCUCCCCGUAACAUUUGGCCGCGAGGUAUUAUAGAGGAGGUUUUCCUGGUAAAGACGGUAGAGUGCGAGUGGUUCCAGUUCGAACGCAAUUGGGUAGUCUUAAGAGAUCUGUUGCUCGAGUCGCUAGAAUUCCUAUAG